AUGCAUCGACCAAACACAAAGUCUCCUCUGAGUUCUCUUCCCGCCACGCCCAUUCGCACCUCAUCAGCAAGACGUCAUCUAGGCACCAAUUACAAACUGAGCUCGCUAAAUGCGGCCAUUUUACUUAUGGGCAAACUCCCACGCUUGAGCGCUCUGUGCUUGGUGUCUCCCAUCAUGGAACCCCUUGCCAAAAAGAUAUUCAAGGGAGUUAUAUUUCUGGAGGUGGCCGGUGUUUUUGGAGCCUAUACUUUAUUCCAUAAAAUGAAUGCAAGCCAAGAUUUCAGGCAUACAAUGAAUAGAAAAUUCCCCUCAGUUUUGGAAAUAUACUAUAAAUCAAAUGAAUGGGCAGGCAUAUAUGGCAUUCGGGAACAAGAUGCUGAAGCAUGGACUAUAAAGAAAGAUUGAUGUAAAGCCUCCAACGCUGGUGCUUCCAUGAUUGCUUUCAAAUUGCAAGAUCUACUCUUUAGAAACAUAUACUGGGAAUAUUUGGCUAGUAUCUAGCUAUUCUGUUAAGAGACAGAUGCAUUAAAAUAUAUGUUUCUUGUAUACAUGUAUACGUCAUUGAAAAGUUUUUGUCAAUUUCUAGGCUAUUUGUUAUGCACAGAAUCCAGGAUUUGGUUAAAUAAUCAGAUGAAAUCCAGAACUGUUUAAAAACUCAAGAUUUGCAAAGGUUUAUAUAGAGGUGGUUUGCUUCAUAGAAUUAUGUCAUGGGAUUCUACUGAAUAAUUUUUUUUUUUCUAAUAUGUGUUUUUUUUUUUUUGUGUAUAAUCGGAUAUUCAUUUUAUGUGCUUUCCUGCUCUUUGCUGAGCCUAGGCGAGCAGCUUUGCUUAUGAACAUGGGCAGUGCUCCACAAUAUGCAUACACAGUUGUAAUCUUAGGCAGCUGAUGUAUAAAGAGCUUCUGUAGACUCUUCAUGCAUGCACAUUAGCCAAAGAUUCCAAUGAUGUGUGUGCAUGUGAAAGAGUGUUUGCCAGUCUAGGCUCAGUGAGGAGAAACCCUACAUCAUAAAUAAAAAAUGUUUAUUUUA